AUGUCUGACACUAGUCAUAUUCAUCAUUCUCCCUCUCAACCCGACGCUGAGACCCCUCUGCUGUGGACUCAUGUAGUCGGCUCAAAACGCAAAGGCAACAGCAAGAAACAGCAAUCCAUUGCUUCUUUCAAUCCUACGCUCAUCCAACGACCAGUUACGGAGGCAGAGGCAUCUCAACAGGCCAUCAAUGGAGAGGCCUCUUCAGGACCUAUGGCUGUCAUACGUCCAUUCCUCAAGGGUAUCGAGGAGGAUUCGGUUUUCAUCGAUCUGACACCUGUCAAAGAUCGUAAUCUAUUGAACAAGGCCCUUCUCAAGUUCAAUGAAGCUACAACCAACUCUGAACUUUAUGAAGACUUUCUUGGUUACCGUAGCAAACCAAGACAUUACCUUGGCCAUGCUUUUCUCGAGACAAUGUGGCUGCCUGAGUGUGUAGGACGCACCACACUCAUCAACGACGGCAUUACCCUGGAAGAUGGUACCUAUUUGAGGGGCUUUCCAUCCUACCCUGGCGAUGCCACCAUUGUCAAGUUGACAUUACAGAAUCUCCCUUUCUUGCCAGCUUUGCAACUCAAGGAGGAAAUGGCGACUCGUCUCUCCCGAUAUGGUGAUGUCCUGGAUCAUGGCAUCUCAAGAACUAAUGGCAUCUUCCAAGGUGAAGGUUAUGCUACGCUUAACCUUACUGUGCCUUCCUCCCCUGAUUAUGCCUGUGAUGAAUUGCACCCCGAAGACAAGCCCUGCCCUGGUCAUCGACACCUGGAGAAACUCAGCCGAGUGAUGAUCUGGGAUCCUCGUUCAGCCGAUCAGCGAAUGGUUCUGCUGCAAUGGGACAAGAUGCCCAACUUUUGCCGUAUCUGUCAUAGUGCCGAUCAUUGUAGGGCGGAUUGCCCUGAGUACAAGAAGUGGAUCCAGUGCUACCACUGUGAUGAAUAUGGUCAUGUGGAGUACAACUGUCCCCGUAAUACAAGUCCAAACAAAGUCCGUGCGGUAGACAGUAAGGCUGCUUCGAAGCCCCGAAAAGUGUCUCAGGAGGCAAAGAGCGGUACAUCAUCUGGUAAGAAGAAAGCCGCUCCCAAGGUCUCCAAAGCUCCUCCAGUAGCUGCUGGUGCUGGUGCUGGUUCUGGUACUCCUGGUGGUGAUACUGCUGGUGGUGGGUCUCCCGGUGGUGGUGAUUCUGGUGUUGUUCCAGGUAACAAUCAAGGUGAUGGCCAAGGUGGUGCCCAAGAUGUGGUCCACAGCGGCGUACAAGGUGGUGCUGAUAGCCAAACCAUUGCUCAAAAGCAAGGUGCUGAUAGGGAUGCCGACAUGGACGAGCUCCCUCUGGCUCAAGACUCUGACAAUACCACUGGUACUGAGUCUACUGAUACUGAAAUGGGUGAAUCUCCUGCCAAUCCUACUAGUGCAUCCGAGAAUGCGCUGGAUCACCCAGUGAAGAAAAUAGGUAAAUUUGAUGGUGCGGAUGAUUUUACUUCUGCCAAGCAACAGGCUGCAGUUACAGCAGCAGCACAGGGACAACAACAAGGCUUGACAGGCCCACCCUCACCAUCUCAACAUUAA